AUUGAAAGAACUUUUCAGAAGAAAACAAGAAAAUAGAGUUCUUGAUACGCAUGAUCUUAUGUAUGUACAUGUAUACUUUGUGUAAUACCUAGGGUUUUAUUUCAAUGGAGAGGAGUUUUCUUUGAAGUCUAAACCCUUACACACUAAUUAAAAAAAUAGAAAAAAUAAAAAAAUAAAACCAUGGCCAUCGCCUUGAUCGCUAUGGUUGAGGUCAAUGACCAUAGCUGGCUGACUCUUCUGCAUUAUGCCACCUAUUGCUGAUCAGUGAUCUCUAAUUAUGAUGGGUGGAGGCCAUAAUCGUUGACUUGUAGUGGAGCUAGAAACUUUUGCACAUGGCGUGCUAAAGCUUAUAAAGUGUUUCUUCGUAUUUUAUCGAACGCCUUAUUCACAUGGGAUACUGCAUAUUCAUUUCAUAUUAAUGGAAGAAAAUAAAAAAAGGGUUCAAUAUAGACCUCCUUCGCCCUCAUUGGGGCAGAGUUGCUGUCAUAUUAAUAAUAUUAGCGGAAGAUCUUGAGAUUUUUUUCUAUUUAAUCUUUCGCAAAACCUAUAUUUGUUAAGUCAAAACACCCUCGUUACGAAUUUUUCAUCAAGAACACAAGAUCAGAAAGAAAAAAAAAAAAGAGCAAAUGGAGGGCGAGAUGAGCAACUUCUUCAAGGUAUGGCUCUCAGUCUAUCUUUGUCUAUGUUACUGCUAUGCCACUGCAAAGUUAGUUCCCAAAGGUUGCACAAGACUCCUUUGCUUGCUUCCAAUUGUGUGUCUCUUUCUCUACCUUCCUCUCUUUCUCUCUUCCAUACAUCUUGUGGGCGUUACAUCGUUUUUCAUUUCUUGGCUUGCCAACUUCAAGCUCUUCCUCUUGGCUUUUGGUAAAGGACCUUUGUCUUCCGACCCAUCAAUCUCUCUUGGUCGGUUUGUUGCUGUUGCUUGCCUUCCCAUCAAGAUCCAACAAAGCAACCCACCCCAAAAUUCAUUAGACAAACAUAAAAACACCCAAAAUGAUUCAAUCCCAUCUCUACCAAAUCAAAACAACCAAUUCAAAGAAAACUCCUCUCCAGCAAAAUCACACCAAAAUACCCAAAAUGAAAAUAGCCAACAACAACACAAAGAAAACCCACCUGCAAAUCACCAAAAUGGUCCCCAAAAAUCACAUAUUGAUGGCCAAUUCAAACAAAACCCACAUCCAUCUCCACCAAAAUCACAUAAAAAUGGCCAAAACAAAGAAAACCCAAUUCCCCAAAAACCAAAACAAGGCCAUAGAGUCCCUCUAAAUAAUGUAACAAAGGGUCUGCUGUUUGGAAUUUUGUUGCGUGCCUAUGAUUACAGUGACCAAAUCCAUCCAAAGGCCCUGUUGCUUCUCUAUUCUUUGCACAUAUACUUGCUCCUCGAACUCAUCCUAGCCGUCGCUGCAACCCUGGCUCGAGCCCUCCUAGCCAUCGAGCUGGAGCCACAGUUCAACGAGCCCUACCUCUCCACCUCACUCCAAGACUUCUGGGGCAGACGAUGGAACCUCAUGGUCACCAGCAUCCUACGGCCCACCGUUUAUGAGCCCACCCUCGACAUCUCCCGACGCGUCGUUGAUCGCAAGUGGGCACCGCUGCCCGCAGUGCUCGCAACGUUUGUGGUAUCAGCUUUUAUGCACGAAAUCGUGUUUUAUCACAUGGGGAGGAUGCGGCCCACGUGGGGGGUCACGUGCUUUUUUCUACUGCAUGGGAUUUGUUUGACGGUUGAGAUUGCUUUGAAGAAGGCGUGGUCGGCCGGCAGGUGGCGGUUGCCGAGGUUGGUCGCUGGAUUGUUGACCGUUGGAUUCGUGAUGGGAACCUGCUUUUGGCUGUUUCUUCCGCAGUUCUUUCGGUUUGGGGCUCAUGUCAAAGCGUUUGAGGAGUAUGCUGCAGUAGGUAAACUUUUCAGGGAUCUCAUUAGCCCAUUUGUCUCUCGGGUCAGGUAGGCUUAGCAGGUUAACGGGACCCGACUGAAAUAGAUGACAGUUUGACACUUGCCAUUCUUA